AUGACAAUCAAGAGGCAGACCACAACCCGGACCCAUACGUUUCAGCGCACGGGAGAUAACGCGGUCACGUACGAUCUUUCUCGCCCAGGGAGCGUCACCAUCACAGUCCCCGCGGGCUCGAAAUGGAGCUCCGGGCCACAUUGGCACGAGACGCACACCGAGUUUCUCCAGGUCCUGCAGGGUCGAGCCUUUGUCGGACUCGGGAGUCGUGUAAGGGCCUACGGAAGUGAAGACGGGGUGAUUGAGGUCCCGAGAUUCACCGUGCACGAAUGGCAUCGGGUCUGGCAAGACGACGGCGGCGGCGGCGACGACCCUGACGAUCCUGACGGCCAGGAUGAUCAGGACGACCAGGAGGUUGUCGACCUGGUCGUGCGGGAAUGGACGGUGCCGGAAGACGGCCAGAAAGAGGUGUUUUUCCGCAUGCUGAACUCGUUCCUGACCGAGGACGCACCGGCAUCUCUGUACGAGUUGCCCGUGCCCGUGCCUAGGGUGGCACACAGUUGGAUUGAGCAGUGGGUCGUUGCGCUGCAGCUGAACUGUAUCUUUUGGACUUGUGACAACUGGCCUCUACUGCUUGGGAGGGACAGCGGCUUUGUCAGCUGGAUUGCCACGCAUCUCGUUCUGCGAGCAAGUGUUGCACUUGGGUCCGUCCUCGGUUUGAGGGGGAGGUAUAAGGAGUACGUUGGCGAGAAGCAGGAUGUUGCGGGCAGUGGAGAUGGAGAAGAGGCAGGGAAGAAGAGGAAGGCAGGAUAG